CUGAUAUAUAUGUAUGUUGAAAAUUAUUUCAUUGCAGUACUUUGGAAGCCGAUCGACCACCUCUUAAAUUUUACUCUUAAAAUGAGUUUACCUCUUGAUUUAAAAUCGCUUUGCAAAUUCGAUACUAGUGCAAACUUCGUUCUUGGUUUGUUGCAACAUGUGGAUAAGGUUUGCACUCAGGCUCUUGAAGACGGCAUUAAUUUAUGGCGCCUACUUAUCAAUGAGAGAGCUAAUUUGACAAGAGAUGCAAGUCGACUUAUAGUUCGAAAAAUUACAAGUGAAGUUGUCCACAAAGGCGCUGAUUAUUAUCCAUUUGUUAAUAGGACUGAGUUUCAAAUAGAAUUAACUAAUAUUCACACUUUGUCAUUCAGGGAUAUAAUAUUUCCUCCAUUGCAUGCCUUUUGUGAGGAAUUGCAAGUAUUACCAAGUGGUAUAGAUUUUCUUAAAGUAUUUCUUAAAUCGCCAUCCACUUACUUGCGAUCAUGAAUGAAAAAGUAAUAAAAAAAAUUAAAUUUGUUUACAUAAUUCUUUGCAAAUAUAAAUUAGCGAAAACUAAAUAAAAAAGAUCCCCGAUUUUACCACAAAUU